AUGUCCAAAGGUAGUGGAGCGUCGGAUGCCACAUCAGAAGCAGAGGCACCCGUCCAGGGACCGGGUAUUAUGGUCAAAGAUAUCUUCGACCAAGAGAUGCAGGACAAGAUGAAAGGUCAAGUCCGCUACUGGAAGAAGCACCUCGCGGAGGACAUCCAGACCGAAAUUCUCAGCUCUCGUCUGUGUACCAAGAAGAUGCGGACCGAAUGGGAGACAGCGUUGCAAGAGAAUGGCGACUACAAGAAGGGCAUAGACACAGAGAAUCUAACACUUCCAGAUGUCAUAAGAUUGUCCAAUGCAUGGUUCAGUUUCAAGCGGGAUAAGGCAAAGAUAGACCAGUUUGCGAAGGAGGACGAGCUAGCCGCGAAGAAGAAAGAGCUGGAGACCGCAAGCGGAGGGAUAAAGGAAGCGAUGGAGUCGCUGAACGAGGCUACUCAGAAGGUGGCGACAAUCCAGGAGGAAUUGUCGCAGUUGGAGACAGAACUGCGAGAUGCACAGAGGCAGCGCGGCAAAUACGACAGGCACAUGGCGGAGAAGUACAAAGGUUUCCUUGAGGGGCUUAAGCUUGAGGAGCCUGAGCCGUCGCCACCGCCAUCGGACAUAGACUCUGGUGAGAUGCCAUCUACUGUUCCUGUGGAAAACGAGGAGGAGAAGCAGUCCGAAGCGGCACCCGAACCGGAGCCUGAGCCAGAGUCUGAGCCGGAGCCUGAACCAGAGCCCGAGCCGGAGCCACCCAAGAGAGAAAGGAGGCGUGAGCGACGGGACAAGGGAGAAAGGCGAGAACGGGGAGGACGGGAAACGGAAGCACCUCCACCGGAAAAGGAAGGAAGGAAAAAAGAAGUGCGGGACAGGGAAACAGACAGGGAGAAAGGCGGAGAAAGGAGGCGCCGUCCAAGACGUGUGGAGGUGGAGGACUCGACUGAUUAA